AAACAUUCACUUUGACGCUGCCCGCCCGAUGGACCGAGCGAUGGCUGUUCAAGCAUUUGGCACGGAUGAAGAAGAUUUGGAUCUACAGAUUCUACAAUCUGCUACUGCAGGAAACCUGCAGACGUUGCGCGAAUGGACUGCUAAGCUGCAGUCGUCUCCUGAUGCCCAGAUGAUAUCAAUGAGCGCAACUGUCUUCACGAAGCGGCAAUCUCCGGUCGCGAAUUUGUUUUCAAAGCUGGUUUGGCGGCCGGGGUCGAUAUAUCUCGGACUGAUGUUUACGGCAGAAUUCCUUUACAUUACGCCUGUAUGCAUGGCCGUGUGGAAAUGGUGCGCGAGCUAUUAACCGCAGGAUCUCAUACUGUCGACGUGAUGGACCAUGAUAAUUUUACCCCUUUGAUCCAUAGUAUUGUCAAAGAUCAACUGGCAUGUGCAGAGCAGCUUCUUCACAACAAUGCUCGUAUUGAUCCCGCUUCUGAGUCCGAUCAUAUUCCGCUGAAUUUGGCCUGUCAGCAUGGGUCGCUUUCCAUAGUCCAGAUGCUUUUAGAGCGGCGUGCAAUAUUGCUCCCCGACGCGGAAGGCCUCUAUCCUCAGCACAUGGUGGCCCGAGCCUCACAGUCACCGCAGUUACUUUUGCUUCUCAAGCAGUACGGAGCUGACAUGAACCAGAGGGACAAGUUGUAUCAGUGGACGCCUCUUUUUCAUGCAGCUAGCGAAGGCUGUGUUGGCUGCUUGCGUACUCUGCUGGAGCUCGGUGUUGACGCCAGUGCUGUUGAUGAAAAGGGACUCUCGGCGAUGUACUAUGCGGCGUGGGAAGGGCAUUUGGAAUGUAUGCUGUUGCUUUGGUCUAGCCGCACUGACACACGACCCUCGCGAAAGCCAUUCGAUAUUAUGAACGGUUCAAGACUACCGGAAUCAGGUCAUGCUGUUGACUUGCAAAUCGGCGAAGCAACAGAACCCGGUGAUAUGGAGAUCGUUGAUGGUAUCCCCGAUCUAUCCCUUCCACCGCCAAUUAUACCUUUGAGGCGAUAUGGCCAUAACUUCUUGGAUAAGAAAGUGUUUGUCCAGAUAUUGUUUGACACUGGCGUGUCUGGGUCUAUACUAUUCGAUCAAGCCGGUCGGCAUCCUGCGGCUCGUCUGACCAUCUCUUCAAAACUUUCUGAUCUGAUCCCCCGCACAAUCAUGCUUCCGAUACAGGAGGAUUCACGCAUGAUAUCAUUCCAUGUGGAUAAUCUCGAAUCAUUCGCCGUUGAUUUCGAAAUCUUCCCCACGUUUGGCUCUAAGGUAAUCGCUAAAACAGUUGCCUUGCCCACCGUUUUUAAGGCUGAGAGCUCCAGCACUGGGACCUGCACAUUGCCAUUGUUUGACCCUAGAUUACGUUCAAUCGGUCAGCUUCAGUUUGGAUUCCAAGUCAUCAAGCCGUACCAUGGGGAUCCUCUGGAGAUCACCCACUUUGCCACCUAUUGGAAGGCAACGAGUGUGGUUGAUCAUGAACACAAUGGCCUUGUCACUGGGUCAAGCCUGUCGGGAGACCAUGUUCAGCUUUUUGUGCAACUCACCAAAGAUCGCGUUCCGGUUCUCUGCCCGCAAUUUACAAUUGAGCAUCAUAACGUCGAAAUCCCCAUUUGCCAGCUUACUUACGCCCAGUUCCAGGCAAUGGGCGCCGAGAGAGGUAUAAUUCAUUCAGAGAUGUUGCGGUUCUUGCAAACACGUGCUCUGGAUGACUUGGGACAAGCCCAUCGUCUGCUGGCCUCGUCGUUUCUUUCGUUGCGAGAAGUGUUCCACCAUCUGCCACUCAGUGUCAGCGUCAAUUUGUCGAUCCUCUACCCCUCCGCUGCCGAGGAGCGAGCUUUAAACAUGACUUCCUUGGUUGAUGUCAAUACCUUCGCUGACGCUAUUAUUACCGAAGUAUUUGACCAUGCUCGUAUUGCGCGUGACCAGGACCCUGAUUUCAUGCGCUCUGUGGUCUUUACCUCAUAUAACCCCAAUAUCUGCAUUGCUCUGAACUGGAAGCAACCAAACUACCCCGUCCUUCUUUGCAAUGAUCUUGGUCAAAUUCGUGACUUGGCCCGUGACGUCAAAUCACUUCCGGACGUUGACAGUAGUGGGAGGGCUUCUAUGUCCAUCAAAGAGUCGGCGCGGAUAGCGCAGAGUAAUAACCUCAUGGGCUUAAUCUGCCGUUCCAGUCUCCUGGUAUGUUGUUUCGUUUGUCCUUCGCGCCUAAACAUACCGCAGACCCUGUUGAUGAAAUCAAUCACUGACAAUCCCGGAUGCUGUAGAAUGUCGUCCCGGCGCUUGUUGAGACAAUCAAGGAGCUUGGCCUCGUGCUGGUUGCAGAUACUUCCGAUGACGCCGAGCAACCUGACCAAAUAGAUCUCAUGCAAGUCGCGAGCCCAAUGGGCGUGGCUGAAUGGGCACAUAGGAUGCCAGACGGUGUGAAUGGUGUCUUGAAAGCCAAUGGCAUCCUGAAAUUCAACGAUAUGAUUGACAUGUGAUACGCCUUCUCUAGCCUCAUCCUUCGCAUACAUUCCCAACUUCUCUUCGCUUCUUUUCCGCCGAUAUGUAUUUCGGGGGUCAGCAAAUCCCGAACCAUUGUAAUCA